AUGACUCUAUGUGACUUGCAUGAGUACUUCUCUAAAUUCGGCCUAAUCAUAAAAAUUAAAAUACCCAAGGACAAAAUGGGUCCGAAGGCCAUUCGCUGUGGAUUUAUCACCUUCCUUGAAACGGACUCAGUGAGGAGGGUGCUUGUAAACCAACCCCACCGGCUAGGUGGAAACCGGCUUAUCAUUAGCAUGGCAAGAGACCAUGACAAAAGAAAGAAAAGUACUGCAGGUCCCUGCAUCUCGGAAUCCAACCAGGAAGGUGACGACGAUUCCUGCAGUGAACAUGAAAUGGCUGGUGAAAACGCCCCUCCCCAGUUAACUAUACGCGUCACAAUUCACAACUCGAAAAUCAGUGAAUCCGACCUUAAAGCCUACUUCUGCCAAUUUGGUAAUGUCGAGAAGGCAACAAUAACAGAGCAUUUGGCCACCGGCGGGACCCGCAAGUUGGGAUUCAUCACAUUUUCUGACAAUAGCGCCUUCGAGCGAGGUGUACUGCAAGCAUUCCACUUCCUCAAGGGUGUUCCACUGCACGUUCAGUUGGGUUUCCAACCUGCCAUCGUUGUUGUCUUCUUUUGGCUUGCGGCGAAUAAGCUUCGGGUUGGGAAACAAUCGGAGUUGGACCUGAGUCCAUACAAAAUAUUCGUUGGCGACCUGCCCGAAUCAACACAGGACUACGAUUUAUAUGAACAUUUUUCUCAAUUUGGCAUAAUUACUGAAGCCUUUCUCCUAAAGGGCACGGAAUGGCAUGCUCCUCGCCGGUGUGGUUUUAUCCUGUUCCGCGACACGGAUGCGGCGAAGAAGGCCCUUGAAACUCAGCCCCACCUAUUAAAUGGCACACAGAUCUUCGUUUCGCUGGCAAGACACACGAGCAUGGCUGAGUCUUGGUAA